AUGCACCAAGUUGGGACAGAUGUGUUUGUUACAGAUCCUAUCGAUCAUCCAGAGGGUAAUAGAAUCCCUCCUGCUAAUGGGCAGGGUCGAGCUAGGCAAACUCGACCAAUUGGACUUGGAGAUGCCCCAAAGCACCACCAGCAAAGACAAGGGAUUGUCCCACCUCCUGUACAGAACCACAACUUUGAGAUCAAGCUGGGUAUGAUCAAUCUAGUGCAGAACAAGAUGUUCCAUGGGCUCUCAACUGAAGACACAAUAGAUCACCUUGAUGAGUUUGAUAGGUUGUGUGAUCUGACCAAGUUAAAUGGUGUCUCUGAAGAUGCCAUCAAGCUGAGACUCUUCCCUAUGUCUCUAGCUGAUAAGGCCCACCAAUGGGAGAAGAGCAUGCCCCAUUGUUCAAUCACUACAUGGGAUGAGUGCAAGAAAGCCUUUCUUGCUAAGUUUUUCUCAACUGGGCGCACAGCCAAGCUAAGAAGUGAGAUCUCAGGCUUCACUCAGAGGAACAAUGAGACAUUUGCUGAAGCUUGGGAAAGGUUCAAGGGUUACACCAGGUUCCAUCGCUUCAACAAUGAGUCUUUGCUCUCUACACUCUAUAGAGGAUGUUUGGCUAGAUACAGAGAGAUGUUGGACACAACCAGUAAUGGAAACUUCCUUAAUCAAGAUGUAGAUGAUGGCUGGCAGCUUGUGGAGAACAUUGCUAACUCAAAUGAGAGUUAUGGAGAGGAGUAUGAUCGCACAAACCGGAACUCGACCCACCACUCGAUCGAGUCACAUGACAAACUGAAAAAGGAAGGGGAGGAUACACAAAUUGCUGAAGUUUGCUACAUGAGCAAUGGACAAGGUGGAUACCAGAAGGGUUAUUACAAGUAUAAGUCCAAUCCAGCCAUGUCUUACAGGAACACUGAUGUUGCAAACCCUCGGGAUCAAGUUUACCCUCCACAACAGCAAACUCGAUCGAGUCAGCCUCCACAAUAA